AUGGAACGGUGCACCUCGUCUCUGAUAUGGGUCGGAAGUACCGGUUAUGAUUCCGAGUUCAAGGAUAACUGCUUCCAAGCGUGGCGAAGAUUUCUGAGUUCAGACUUCGCACUGUACAAGGAUGCUGAGUUCGAGUUUCUCCACCCAGGAGUUCCGCCUUCCCACCCAGAUGUACCCAAGAUGGCUACCCCAAGACGGUAUAUUAUGAAAUCAUGUACAGUUGCGCUCGCCAACCUUGCGGACAUCCCAAAAGGAAUCUUGCCGACCGAACCUCCAGGACCGUUUCCGCGGUCAGAUCUAGGGCGCUUUGUUGACUUUCGUAGCCCCAUCAACGCUGUGAGAACGGGUUGUCUGGGAAUGAGGAAAGAGGUUGGUUGGGCAGCAGUUGGCAGGCAACAGGCGAUGGCCAUCUUGGUGUUCAGUACAAGUGCACCUAUUGAUAGGAUGAUUCCAAGAGGAGUGAUACCCUGA